AUGCUCGGAUUGCGAACCCGUAUUAUCAUCAUGAUUGGUGGAGUAAGAACACUUCUGUUGCUAGCUCUCAGUGUUGCAGUAACCGUACAACAGCCCGCGGAUCAACAAAAUAAUCUCUUUGACAACAAAUUCCUGGACAACGUUGACUCUCAACAAAAGAAAGAAAUACUUGAAGCGUUUGAAUCGAGUCUAUUGAAUUUGUUCAGCCUUAAUGCUCGUCCCAGACCAAGAAAGGAUAUUAAAAUACCUCAGUAUAUGAUUGACUUGUACAAGACUCACACUCGAGAUCCUGAUGUUUUGUCGCCUAACUUUAACAUUCGGGGAAAAGGGGUUGGCACAGCCAAUACCGUGAGGAGUUUUUAUCACAAAGAUGACAUUGAACAUCCGGUCGAGAUGACAGGGUGCGGGGAGGAGAACUGUGUACGAGUGUGGUUCAAUGUUUCUAACAUUCCCGUUGAGGAAGUACUGACUGCCGCAGAGUUGCGCGUGUUUUUCGACAAGGAUCAUAGUGCUGUAGAUACUAGUGUAAGGAGAGGACGCUUACGAGUGGAGAUAUUUCAAGUGAUGAAACCUAUCAAAAAGGGUCAGGACCCAAUAACGAGGCUUUUGGAUGUGAAACACGUGAGUGGUCGUAAGAACGCUUCUUGGGCGUCUUUUGAUGUUCAGCCCGCUGUGUUAAAAUGGAAGAACUCGCCAGAUUCGAACCACGGAUUGGAGGUCAGAAUUUUACCUUACAACAAUCAUCCAUCUAAACAGCCUAUAAAACAUGUUCGUUUACGGCGAUCUGUUUCUGCUUCUGAAGAAGAAUGGCAUUUACAAAGACCUCUUUUAGUUACAUAUACAGAUGACAAUCGUGGUAAAUCGCGCACAAAAAGAAGUACUAGUAGAAAGUCUAAACGCAGACGACCACGCAACCGGAAGCGGAGGCGACACAAGAAAUACUGUAGGAGGAAACCUUUGUAUGUAGACUUUACCGCUGUUGGGUGGACAGACUGGAUUUUUGCUCCGCCUGGUUAUCAAGCUUAUUAUUGUCAAGGCGAAUGUGAGUUUCCGUUUUCGGAGCACAUGAACGCUACAAAUCAUGCAAUAGUGCAGGACUUGGUGAAUUCAAUAGACUCCAAGUCCGUCCCCAAACCGUGCUGUGUGCCCACAGAACUGAGUCCUAUAUCACUUCUCUAUGUGGACGAGUAUGAAAAAGUGAUACUGAAGAGUUAUCAGGAUAUGGUAGUAGAAGGGUGCGGGUGUCGGUGA